GAAAAUAUUAACAUGGGAAAGACCAAUCAGUCUUCUGUGACAGAAUUUGUCCUCUUGGGGCUUUCUGGCUACCCAGAGCUCGAGGCCAUUUACUUUGUGCUGGUCCUGUGCAUGUACUUGGUGAUCCUGCUCGGAAAUGGAGUCAUCACCAUUGUAAGUAUCUAUGACUCCCGCCUGCACACCCCCAUGUACUUUUUCCUCAGUAACUUAUCAUUCUUGGACAUUUGCUACACCAGUUCUUCUAUCCCCCUAUUUCUCAGCAGCUUCUUAACUUCGAAGAAAAGUAUUUCCUUCUCUGGAUGUGGAGUGCAAAUGUUUCUCUCCUUUGCUAUGGGGGCCACAGUGUGUGUCCUUCUAAGCGUGAUGGCGUUUGACCGCUAUGUUGCCAUUUGUAACUCUCUGAGAUACCCCAUCAUUAUGAGCAAGGCUUCAUACGUGCCCAUGGCUGCUGGGUCCUGGAUUGCAAGGAGUGUCAAUUUUGUGUUGCAAACCUCUCUUGUAAUGCGGCUUCCUUUCUGUGGGGAUAAUGUCAUUAAUCAUUUUACUUGUGAAAUCUUGGCUGUCUUAAAAUUGGCCUGUGCUGAUAUCUCCAUAAAUGUUCUUAGCAUGGUUGUUGCUAGUAUGAUUUUUCUUGUGGUCCCAGUACUUUUCAUUUUUGUUUCCUAUGUUUUCAUUCUCUGCACCAUCCUGAGGAUUCCUUCUGCAGAGGGAAGGUGCGAAGCCUUCUCCACCUGCUCUGCCCACCUAACAGUGGUGAUUAUAUUCUAUGGAACCAUCCUCUUCGUGUAUGCAAAACCCAAGGCUAAAGACUCUUCUGGUGCAGACAAAGUACAGGUCCCAGACAAAAUCAUCUCUCUCUUCUAUGGAGUUGUGACACCUGUGCUCAAUCCCCUCAUCUAUAGUUUGAGGAACAAAGACGUGAAGGCAGCUGUGAAGAAUAUACUGUGUUAG